CCGGGGCUGGCCAGGACAGGGCGAAUCAAUGAAUUCCCCAAACGGGGAGGUCCGGGGGAGGGAAGAGUGUCCCGGCACAGGAAAAGCUCCUGGCAGCCCUGCGUUGCGGGCAGAGCGGUGCCGGCUGCCCCAAGAGCGCAGCCCCAUGCGCAGCCCCGGCUCCUCGCACCCAGCUCCACCACCUGCCGUGGUCCCCACUGCCCCAUGUUCCGUUCGCGCCGUGCCGGGCUGGUGAGGCGGCUGUGGCGGCAGCGUUGCGUGGUGGCCGGCCCCGAGGAUGGCCCCGGUGCCCUCAAACCGGCGGCACAUGCCCUCUUCAAGAAGCUGAAGGACGAGGAGCUGGAGCUGCUGGUGCAGGCGGUGGAGAGCCGGGGUGCCUGGGAGUCCGGCUGCAUCUGGGCACCGCGGGGGGAACCGCGGGGGACCAAGCAGGCGCUGCCCCCCCAGGUCCUGCUCUGCCGCCUCUACCGCUGGCCUGACCUCCGGCAGCCCUACGAGCUCAAGCACCUCUGCUACUGCGCGGGGGGCCGGGGGGGCUGCGGGGACGCAGCCGUGCUUUGCUGCAACCCCCACCACUUCAGCCGCCUGGCUGCACCCGAGACCCCACCACCCCCCUACUCGAAGGUGUCCUGCGGUCCCUCCUGGCCAGAUGAACCCCAGCACCCUGGCACCCAGCUCCUGGAGUUCAGCUACAACGGUGGGGACCGGCAUGACACCAGCCUUUCACGGAACACCAUUAAGGACGGCUACUGGUGCAAACUGGCUUACUGGGAGCACCGGACACGCGUGGGUCGCCUCUACGCUGUGCACGAGGCCUCAGUGAACGUCUUCUGCGAGCUGCCGCGGGGCAGCGGGUUCUGCCUGGGCCAGCUGCCGGCUGCCCACCGUAGCCGUGCCGUGAGGCGGGCGCGCGGCAAGAUCGGCCGGGGGCUGCUGCUGAGCCAGGAGCCAGGCGGCGUGUGGGCGUACAACCGCAGUGAGCACCCCAUCUUUGUCAGCUCGCCCACCCUGGGGGUCCUGGGCGCCGGUGGGCUCGCUGUCCUCAAGGUGCUGCCUGGCUACUCGGCGAAGGUGUUUGACUACGAGCAGGUGGGGGGUGCGGGGGGCUGGCGGCUGCCCGGGGAGGGUCCCUGUGACCCCCACAGUAUCCGCAUCAGCUUUGCCAAGGGCUGGGGGCCCUGCUACUCCCGGCAGUUCAUCACCUCCUGCCCGUGCUGGCUGGAGGUGCUGCUCAACCAGCCGCGCUGAGGGGCUGGGAGGGGGGGUGCCAGGGAGACCCCCAAAGCAGGUGGAAGGGGGAGACAUGAGCCAGGGGGCCCCUCCACCGCCCCCAGCCUCUCUCUGCCAGGGCUGUGCUGCAGUGGGGCUGUUCUGGCCCAGGAGACCCUUACUGGGACCCUCUGCCCCAGCCCUGGGGGGGUCCAGUGCCCCCUCCUCCCCCAUGCCCUGCUCACCGCCCUGCCAGCACCCGCCACCAGGCCUUUUGCUGACACAGGGCACUAUUUAAUCUUUUUAUUAUUUUUUUAUUAUUUUAAUGGUUAAAUUUAUUUUAAUUUAUUUAAUUUUUGUAAAAAAAGCAGAGCACGAUGCAGCAGCCGCCCGGCACCAUGGGUGGGGGGCCAGGCCCGGCCCCCGGGGGGGCAGCCAGGGCAGGGCUGGGGGCCACAGGAGGGGAGGGCAGUGGGUGUACGGCCCCAGAGCCGGGGCGGGGGGCUGUGGGCCUGGGGGUCAUGGCAGGCAUGGGGGGAACAGGAGGGAGCAGGCACAGCUGGAGGUGUGAGGCCAGUGAGCACAGCUGGAAAAUGGGGCAGGUUAGAACAGCUGUACAAGUGUGGGGCAGGUGAGCACAGCUGGAUGGGUGUGGGGCUGGUAGAGCACAGCUGGAUGGACAAGUGUGGGGCCGGUGAGCACAGCUGGAUGGAUAGGUGUGGUGCUAGUGAGCACAGCUGGAUAGAUGUGGGGCCAGUGAGCACAGCUGGAUGGAUAGGUGUGGUGCUAGUGAGCACAGCUGGAUAGAUGUGGGGCCAGUGAGCACAGCUGGAUGGAUAGGUGUGGUGCUGGUGAGCACAGCUGGAUGGAUGGGUGUGGAGCAGGUGAGCACAGCUGGAUAGUUGUGGUGCAUGUGACUACAGCUGGAUGGAUAGGUGUGGGGCCGGUGAGCACAUCUGGAUGGAUGAGUGUGGGGCUGGUGAGCACAGCUGGAUAGGUAUGGGGCAGGUGAGCACAGCUGGAUAGAUGUGGGACUGGUGGGCACAGCUGGAUAGAUGUGGGACUGGUGGGCACAGCCGGAUGGAUGGGUGUGGGGCUGGUGAGCACAGCUGGAUGGGUUUGGAGCUGGUAGAACACAGCUGGAUGGACAGGUGUGGGGCCAGUGAGCACAGCUGGAUGGAUGGGUGUGGGGUCGGUGAGUACAGCUGGAUGAUUAGAUGUGGGGCCGGUGAGCACAACUGGAGGGAUAGGUGUUGGGCUGGUGAGGACAGCUGGAUGGGUGGGUGUGGGGCGGGUGCUGGGGACAGGGCAGGGUCCCCAGCGGUGGGUCCUGCGUCCGGGCACCCGCCGGGCAAGCGCAGCCUCGGGGGUCCCGGGGUGCCCGGGCCGCGACGGCUGUUUCUAACCCCAAUAAAGGUGCCACCGGCACAAAGACCCUCCCCGUGUCCCCACGCGUGUCGCUCCCGCGCGGGCGGCGCGCCGGUGGCCGCGGGCUGGGCUCGGGGACCGGCAGUGCCCUCUGCAGGCGGCCGCGGCCGGGCCGCGAUGACCGCCCGGUCCUUCCUGCCACGCCGCCGGCCCGGCUGAGACGGGCCUGGC